GUUGCUUGCGAUCCGCCAUGAUAGAAAAGAAGAAGUGCAAAGAGGGCGGAACUCAAUGGUGUAACUUGCUUGCGCCCGGUGCAGAAUUAACGUUGCACCACGAAGCAUCCCCUGAAAGAAGCGAACUCAUUCAGGCUUUCUGUUUGAAGGUUCAAAGUUUAAAGGCAAAAGAUGUUUUUGACCAGAUCGGAAUAUGACAGAGGUGUAAACACAUUUUCACCCGAAGGAAGACUGUUUCAGGUUGAAUAUGCCAUAGAGGCAAUAAAGCUUGGCUCCACUGCCAUCGGUAUCCAGACAUCAGAAGGAGUGUGUCUUGCUGUGGAGAAAAGGAUCACCUCCCCACUAAUGGAGCCAAACAGCAUUGAGAAGAUCGUGGAGAUUGACAGUCAUAUUGGUUGUGCCAUGAGUGGGUUAAUAGCUGAUGCCAAGACUCUGAUUGACAAAGCAAGAGUGGAAACACAGAACCACUGGUUCACCUACAAUGAGACGAUGACGGUUGAAAGUGUGACUCAGGCUGUUUCCAACCUGGCGCUGCAGUUUGGAGAGGAGGACGCAGACCCCGGUGCUAUGAGCCGACCCUUUGGUGUUGCUUUGCUGUUUGGGGGAGUGGAUGAAAAAGGACCACAACUGUACCACAUGGACCCUUCAGGAACCUUUGUGCAGUGUGACGCUCGAGCCAUCGGUUCUGCUUCAGAGGGAGCACAAAGCUCUCUGCAGGAGGUUUACCACAAGUCCAUGACAUUAAAAGACGCCAUCAAGUCCUCUCUGACCAUCCUGAAGCAGGUGAUGGAAGAGAAGCUCAACGCCACCAACAUUGAGCUGGCCACGGUAGAGCCCGGUAAGACCUUCCACAUGUACACCAAAGAGGAACUGGAGGAUGUAAUCAAGGACAUCUAGUGUAGAAAACUCUCGGUUGAAGUUCUGAGCUGAAAAGAAGGGGAUGCAUUCAUGUCACUGACUACAACUUUCCAACCACCUGCAGCAUUCAGAUUUUCUUUUCAAAGGUUUCUAUUUGCAAUGUUCCAAUUUGCCUCUUGUCUA